UGAGCCAAACCGGCACAAGACGAGACAUGUCUGUUACGUGUGUCUCCUGUAUGUCUGCGUGUGUAAGUGCUGACCUUCCUUCGGUGUGUAUGCGAUCUCGUGUUGGCCCUCAGGUGAACCAGCCUCAGGAACCACCGGACCUGACACACAGUGACACGGGAGACACAGCACCCGACCAUGCACACAGGUGCGUGUCUCUUUUCCUGUUCAAGCUCACCUCCCUCCUCCUCUCUCGUAAAGGAGCAUGCGCAUUUCAUCGAGUUGGGCUGCGCCGAUGACUCACUCGUCGCGAGGAAGCUGGUCGCGCCGGCAGACGAUGGAGAGAGCCACGCCGUGUGCACUCGAUCAUGGACGGUGAUGUGCUCAGGCUUCUUGGCCAGCGUCCCAUCGGCCGUGUAGUGCAGCAUCGGGUGGAAGGCCUCGCGUGCCGUGGCCGAGGCAGACCACGAACCGACGCAGAGGGCUACGAGCAGUGUCAGAGCCACGCGCAU